AUGCACUCCGCUUUACAACCAGCCGCACAGCCGUGUUUUAUCCUGGCGCCCGGUUUGACCAGUAACCGAAAUGGGUUGACGCGUGCUUCGUGCGCGCACGAGCUGCGGCGAGCGCCUUGCGUCUGGCUCGCAAGGCGUCGCUUUCCCCGGCAAACAGCAGGCCCACAGCACGAUGCAAGUUGUCUGGUGCCAAGCUUUCAUCGACAGGAACUCCAUCGCCAACGAGUUGUUGCGCUAUCGCGCCGUCGUACGAAGCGCACUGCCCCACUAGACAUAGUGGCUGAGCGAAGCGACUCGGGCAACGCCCAGGCCGUUUCCGGAACCCAGUUUCAGCAGGAAGCGACUCCGACAGGCGCUCCCGGCAAGGUCUAUGACCGUGUCGUGUGCAAGUUUGGUGGCUCUUCUGUCGCCGACGCGGAACGUAUGCGUGAGGUAGCGCGACUUGUGCGGCGUCAGAUUGAGCUGUCCCGCCAGUACCCAGUGGUGGUGCUGUCGGCGAUGGGCUCGACCACAAACGACCUCAUUGCCGCCGGAGACGCCGCACUUUACGAAGGUAUCGUUGACUCGACAGUGGUCCGAAACCGCGCCUACGCGGUCUGUGAUGCUCUCGGCCUGGACCGGGAGGCGCUCGUGGACCCCCUGCUCAUGCAACUGGACCAGCUGCUCAUGGGUGUCAAGUUCAUUCGGGAGCUCUCGCCGCGAACCCGAGACUACCUGGUCUCGUUUGGCGAGCGGCUUUCGGUUCGCAUUUUCGCAGCGCAUCUGCUGUACAAUGAAGGACUACCUGCACGCGCCUUCGAUGCGUUUGACGUCGGCUUUCGAACGGACUCGAAUUUUCAGAAUGCGGAGAUCCUCGAAGAGACCUACGACCUUAUCCGAAGCUUUUUCGAGCGGGUUGUAAGCAACCAGACCCUAGCGGUGAUCACCGGUUUUAUUGCGAAGGACAAUGAGGGUCACGUUACCACUCUGGGGCGCGGAGGCUCCGACUUGACUGCCACCACGCUGGGUGCAGCGCUGGGCGCCACCGAAGUCCAAGUCUGGAAGGACGUCGACGGUAUCAUGACAACGGAUCCGCGUCUAGUGCCGAAUGCGAUACCCGUGGCUGAAAUGUCUUUCGAAGAAGCCGCCGAGCUCGCUUACUUUGGCGCCAAGGUUCUGCAUCCGGUGGCGAUGCAACCGGCGUUGCGCUUCAAUAUACCGGUGCGCGUGAAGAACUCGUACAAUCCGGAAGCACCGGGCACUGUGAUUCUUCGACGGGAGUCCGCGACCAUGGAUCGCCCUGUCACAGCGCUCAGCGUGAAACGCGGAGUCCAGUUGGUGGAUAUUGUAUCCACGCGUAUGGUCGGUGCAUACGGUUUUCUGGCGCGGGUGUUCGCGUGCUUCGCGACCCACCAGUUAAGCGUGGACGUUAUCGCUACAUCGGAAGUGAGCCUAUCGCUGACACUGGACGCAAACGCCUGCGAUAUGACGCGGCAGCAGCGCAUCAUUAAGGAACUGCAACAGAUCGCACAGGUGAGCUUCAGCUCCGGACGCGCCAUCAUUAGCAUCAUCAGCAACGUUCGGCGGAGUAGCGAAAUUCUGGCCAGAGCGAUGAAAGUGCUCCACGAGCAGAACAUCGAGGUACAAAUGAUAUCCCAGGGAGCUUCCAAAUUCAAUAUUAGCUUGGUAGUCCACAACGACGAAGCUAUCACUGCAGUGCGCGCCUUGCACGAUGAGUUCUUCCAUUGCUCGCCGUCGGCAAGCAACGGAACGUCGACGUCGGCGACGGCAGCAGCAGCUGCUGCAGCAGCAGCGAACGCAGACGGCGUCCGCGUCGCGGGUGCCGCUUGA